GAGGCAAGACGUGUCGUAAACAUUGAAAGUUGUAACACUUACUAGAAAUUUAAAUUAAUAUCAGUUUUGGGGGUUUAAGUAGUGAUGUUGAUUAGUGUAGCCCUGUGAUCGUAGAAUUCGCGUUAUGCACGCAAUGAGUGAUCCAGCUGCUUUGGCAGGAAUGUUACCAUUCGAUUCCAUCGGACUAUAUGAGCAGCCGAAACCAAGAUUUAUUUUCAAAAUGCCGCGUGUUGUUCCGGAUCAGAAAGCAAAAUUUGAAUCCGAUGAUCUGUUCAAGAGACUGAGCCGAGAAAGUGAGGUGAGAUAUACGGGAUACCGCGACCGUCCGCCCGAGGAGCGCCAGAUGCGGUUCACAAGCGGUUGUCGGGAAGGCCACACUGAGAUAGCCUUCACGGGCACCGGCACCAAUUUGCAACUUGUGUUCGACCACUCGCCCUACAAUAAUCGCGGCUGCGACUUUCAGAAGGAAUCCGGAAAGGCCCACAUUGUAUCCCGAUUUAUCAUGAACGGUGUUUGUGUGCGGUGGCGAGGCUGGAUUGACCUGGAGCGUCUGGACGGUGCCGGUUGCUUGGAACUCGACGAGGAACGGGCAGCAAUCGAGGACGCUGCGCUAAGAGACCAAAUAGAACGUUACAACCAGCGGCUGAGAGAUUUCGAAGAAAAACAGCGUGCCUAUCGAGAACAUGGAGAGGAACUCAGGGCUCACUCGCAAGUCCACGCUCAGCGCUGCCAUCAAGCUCGCCAACCACCGCAUCCUAGCCACCCCGCACAUCCGCAUGCAACGCACCCUGUCCACAUAAAGCCACAUUCCCAAGGCGCUCUUAUUUCAUAAGGACAAGCUCAAUGUAAUAUCAUGUAUCAAUCAAUAUCCAAAGCUUAUACAAGUUAAUCUUACUUACCUUACUAGUUCUGUAGUUUAUCUUACUUAUUAGAUGUUAAAUAGGUGCUUACGAGUACUAGAAAUGUGAAAGCGUGUUUGUUGUCUUGUCCUUCGAUCAACAAAGCAACCGAUUUAAAUGUUUCUUUACAUACAUAAUGAAGUUUAUGGGGCACUCUCGGUGUCACUAAAAGUAAUUAUAUUAUUACCUAUUAGUAUUUUAAUUGGUAAAUGAACGGACUUUUAUAAAAGUCCUUCCAAUAAUAGGUACAACUUCCCGCAAAGUCAGUAAUACCUAUAUAUUAUCAUUUAUGUACGUGUAAUAAAUGAAAGCUAUAGAAGUUUAUGAAUGUAUGUACCUAUUAAGAAAAUCGAGUUGCAAUUUUAGUUGAGUAGAAUAAAUUUAAUAAUAAUUAUUAUUAAUUAAUUUUUAAAAACACUUGAUAUUAAAAUAUUCAUUAGGUAUAUUGUGUAGGUAGAUUCAUACUUCUAAUAUCAACCUAUUAGUAAAACAAUCAUCUAUCUAAAAAUAAAAGAAGUACCGGCUCGUAAUACCUGUAAGAGUCAUUAGUUGAUAGUCUUUACCAUUAGUUAUUAUAGCGUUUGAGAAUUUUAUCGAGUCUAUAGAAAAAAAACGUUUAACUAACUCUUAGGUGAUAACUAUUGGUGAACAGUUGAUGUAUGCCUAGGAAUCUGCUUAGAUUAGGCGUUAUGUAGGCAUUACCAAUUGGGCCAAUCAUGUUUUUUUCGCUAUGAAAUUCAAAUCGCAAGACCUUUUCACUAUAAUACCUGUAAACAGACUUGGUGAAGUAAGUGUGGGGUACGGGGAAGCGAAGUUAAACACUGAAACUAUGAGACCUGUUCCCCUAAAACUAAGCGAUUUUUACAGAAUGAUGAUAAAAAAGCAAAAAAGAUGUGUGUUUCGUAAAAUAGGCCAGUAACUAAGCUGUGUAAGCAGCCCUAUUCAGUAUUUUCCAGAAAUUACUAUGUGAUGCAGAGAAACCAUUAUUUGCGUUUAACCUAGCUCCUAACUGAUACGAUGGUUUGGGCAAUGAAUGACAGUUGGCGACGAUACUUAAAAAACCGUUAAUCAAGGGUAUAUAUGUAACCAGUUAACUUGAAACAUAGAUUCUAUAGUCAAUUCAUUAUAUUGCAGAAUAGGUCUGUAGUUCCUUAGUAAAACAAUUACUUUUUGACUUUCAAUCAUUUUAGGAUUUGACUAGGAUCUGCGCUUUUAGGAUUUGAACGUAAAUAAAAAUCAGGCCCUUGGAAUAUUAUGUUUAUCUAUAAUUUUUUUUUAAAUGCAUAUAAUAAUUUCGGAACCGACAGGAUUCGAACUCUCGGUAAUCGCGGCCAGAGCGCUUUAAUACUAAGCUACGGUUCUCUAAUGCCGAAAUUAAUAUAUGCCCUCUGUAUCAGUCUUAUAGUGACUGUAUAUAAUUGUACCUUUUGUUUAUGUUCACUUUGAUAAGUGAUGUUAUUUCAUUUUAAGAUUAUUGAUUUUAUAUUGUAACUAAG